CGCUUUUCGGUUCCCUGCAUGCGUGGCGGCGGGUGGGUUAAUCUGCGAGGGGUAAAUGGGUUCGGUGAGAGUGAAGUGGCUAAGUCAAACUCUGCCUACUCUGACGGCUCGAGCUCUUCUUCCACACUAUUCUGGUAGCGCAACUUUUGUCCGAAAGCUAACCAGUAAUUGCAGAACGCUUCUCUCAUAUUCGUCUCCCUCAACAACCCAUCGAAGAUCGGCUGUAAGGGCUCUGGUGUCAACUUCUGAUUCAAUCACGAAAAUGGUGAAAGCGAUCAAGGUUCAUGAGCUGGGUGGCCCUGAGGUUUUGAAGUGGGAGGAUGUGGAGAUCGGGCAGCCAGGGGAGGGCGAGAUUCUGGUAAAGAAUAAAGCGAUUGGGCUCAACUUCAUUGAUACCUAUUUCCGUAAAGGAGUUUACCAACCUGCCAAAUUGCCAUUCACUCCAGGUGGUGUCCUUGUUCUUUUGAAUUUUGCUUUCCUCUUCUGGGUUUAGCUUGUUAUUGCUUGUUUCAUUUGCUAUCUAUCGUACUUUAUGAAAGCUGCUUCGGGGGAAGGAUGUAUAGUUUGUUGGUGCUGAGUAGAUUUUGUGUAUUGUGGAGCAAGAGGGACCGGACCAACUAGCUAGUUCAUCCAAUUUUGAAGUACUUUCAUGCUGAAAGUAGUGAGCUUUUAUGUUCUUAUUGCAUGCUGAUCCCACUAGUUUCCUGCUUUGCAGGAAUGGAGGCUGUUGGUGAGGUGAUUGCUGUGGGAAAUGGAGUAACUGACGUUAAAGUGGGCGAUAUUGUUGGAUAUGCUGGUAAUCCGAUGGGAGCAUAUGCAGAAGAGCAGAUACUUCCAGUAGAUAGAGCUGUACCUGUUCCUCCUUCAAUUGACCCUGUCGUUGCAGCAUCUGCCAUGCUCAAAGGCAUGACUGCUCAGUUUUUAUUACACCGGUGUUUCAAGGUUGAGCCUGGUCACACCAUCCUUGUUCAUGCAGCAGCUGGUGGAGUAGGAUCUCUUUUGUGCCAGUGGGGGAAGUCACUUGGUGCCACUGUCAUUGGAACGGUGUCGACCAAGGAGAAAGCUGCACAAGCCACUGAGGACGGAUGCCACCAUGUCAUCAAUUACAAAGAAGAAGACUUUGUAGCUCGUGUCAGUGAGAUAACAUCAGGCAAGGGGGUCAACGUUGUCUAUGAUUCUGUGGGGAAGGACACAAUUCAGGGGUCAUUGUCGUGCUUGAAGAUCCGCGGAUACUUGGUGGUGUUUGGGCAGUCAUCAGGGACACCGGAUCCGAUUCCUCUGUCCGCUCUAGCGCCAAAGUGCUUGUACCUGACGAGGCCCUCGCUCAUGAUGUACACCACAACCCGAGAGGAGCUGCUGGAAACUGCCGCCGAUGUCUUUGCCAACAUGGAAUCAGGGGCGCUUCGAGUUCGGGUGAACCACACGUACCCUUUAUCCGAGGCGGCAAAGGCGCACUCGGACUUGGAGAGCCGCAUGACCUCAGGUUCUGUUGUAUUGAUCCCUUGAGGCCUUUGGCUGCAUUUUCAUCCAGGAAGGAGAGUGAGUCUCAAGUCCACUGGUGCGUGAGGUUGAGAACCUUCAUAACUAGUAUGUGUUUUAUGUAAUGGGAAGUGGGAAACUGAACUAUUGUACGAGUAUGAUUGAGACUUUGAGACCAAGAAAAUAAGUUUUUGGGCUUGGUGAAGCCCAAUAACUUCUGGCAGUCCGGCCCUUACUCGAGGGAAAAUUACUAAAAUAGGUCAGUAUUAGAAAGGCAGGGGCGGUUCGGUUGGACGGAAGUGAUUGACAGGUGGGUUCACUUCCAAAGUACAGUCCCAUGAAAUUCUAUUGGUUAGUUAGGUCUGUGUGGCCUUGAAAAAAGAGGCACUCGUCUCUUCCUGAAAAUUGAAUUCAACAGACUGUUGAAUUCCUGACUGUGAAACUAUAUGGUGAAUGGCAGGGAUGUAAUUAACUUGAAAAGCAUGGUCGUUUUAUCUUUGUGUGUGACUGGGAGGGAGGAGAAAAGCAAGCUCACGUGAUGUUCAGCGGGGAAUUUCCAUUAAUACCAGUCUCUCUCUUUCUCUUCAAAAUCCCACACGAUCGUUUCUCUCACUCUCAC